UUUCUUGUUUGCCAAUGUUUAUUCUCCAGCCCAAGCUUAAUUGGACAGUCCCAUCUUGUCAUUAAAACGUCGUCGUACUCUUCUUCCUAGGGUUUCAGCUUCAUACCUCAAUAGAAUCACGCUCCCUGUAUCGAAGUCUCUGUCUUCAACCCCAAUCCCUCUCGAAAACCCGCUCACUUUUGUGUCUUAUCAGCAUCAUCUUCCUCAUUUGAAGAUGAAGAAGAAGAGGGCAAGUCAUGCCAUCCAUUUGAAACCAGUUCUGGAUCUGAAGUCUAUUAUUCAUCAGAAUUCUCAGUUCUUCGACAAGUUAGUUGAGCUCAUCCCUGCCAGGUUCUAUCUACCCAUUGACGAUGAUGAGAAGCCGUGGUUUCAGGGUCUCAGCAAGUCUGCCAAAGCUUCAGCAAAGAAGGAAUCAAAGGAAAACAUUAAGAAAGCUCGAAGACAACGAUUGGAUCCAGAGAAGUCUUCUACGACAACCCUUGAUUUGCUAAAACAAAGUUUGGAAAAGAAGUCAAGCGAUGAGAGUGACAGUGAUGAAAUAGAGGUUAAACCUGUGGUGGCUGGUCUAGAAGAUGAUGACCGGUCAGUGACAUAUGAAGAACUCCAGCAUCGUCUUCGUUGUAAGAUCGAGGAGUUUCGGGCUGGUCGGCACUGUGAAGGUUCAGAGAGAGCAAGGAAGAGGAUCGAGAGACAUGAGAGAUAUGAGAAGAAAGGAGCUGACCCGAAGAAACGGAAGAGAGAAACUGCAUCUGAUGGAAAGAAAUCUACUAGUGAUGAUUCAGUGAGGGAAGAUGCUGCAGAGGCUUCGAAGGAGCUCACAUUCGGUCAUGUCAAACUUGGGAAUGAAGAUGAGCUGGGGAAGAAGAAUAAGAAGAGAAAAUUGUCAAAGUUGCAGGAGCUUGAGAGGGCAAAACAGUUGGAAGAAGCCAAGAAAGAUCCCGAGAAAGGUGAGAUAAUCGCAAAGAAGCAUUCUUGGAAAGCAGCAACAAGUAGAGCUGCUGGGAUCAAGGUUCAUGAGAAGUGGAAGGGAAGGGUUGAAACCACAGAGAAGAUGAAAGCAGACAAACAGAAGAAGAGAUCAGAUAACAUAUCACAGAAGAAGCAAGAGAAGAAAAUGCGGAAGAUUGCGAAAAGAGAGAAAAAACUCAUGCGGCCAGGUUUUGAAGGUCGCAAAGAAGGUUUUAUCACUCAAGGUUAAAGCAUUAAGUUCUCACAAGAAUCAAGUCCAAUCAGCUCAGGGGAGGUUAAUUUGAGGGUUUUUUUUUGUUCUUAUAGAGCACAGCCCUGCCCUUCUCCUUAAAUUUUGAUUUCCUUCCGUUUGCCUUUUGUACUUUAUAACUGUUUAAUGCUUAGGUGCUGAUAUUCAGUAGAUAAAUGUGAUUCAAGCA